UCACAUUCUGCAGCAGCUGGAUCGACAUCGUGUUCGUUUCUGAAGCAGACGUUUUUCCUGGUAAAUCCAUAAGAAAAUUGUACGAACAAUGGCUUUUGGAGACGUUAAGACACCCAAGGGACUGGAAGAACUGAAUAACUUCCUGGCCGAUCACAGUUACAUCGAGGGGUAUGUUCCAUCGAAAGCCGAUUUGUCAGUGUUCGAUGCACUGGGAAAAGCUCCGGCAGGAAACAAUGUCCAUGCUCAGCGCUGGUACCGUCACAUUGCUUCGUUCAGUGCCCAGGAGCGCGCUGCAUGGGGUGGUCAGGCACUUCCGCAGGUCGCUGGUGCUAAGCCAACGGUGACUGCCGCAGCUCCAGCUGCUGCUGCAGCUGCCGCCGACGACGACGAUGACGAUGUCGACCUGUUCGGAUCGGAAGAUGAGGAAGAAACUGCCGAAGCAGCAAGGUUGAAGGAGGAACGUUUGGCCGCUUACAACGCGAAGAAAUCCAAGAAACCGGCCCUGAUCGCUAAGAGCUCCAUCAUUCUCGACGUAAAACCCUGGGACGAUGAAACUGACAUGGCAGUGAUGGAAUCGUCGGUGCGCAGUAUCGAGAUGGAUGGUCUUCUGUGGGGAGCUGCCAAGCUGGUCCCAGUUGGAUACGGUAUCAAGAAGCUGCAGAUCUGCUGCGUCAUCGAGGAUGAUAAGGUUUCCGUGGACGAACUGCAGGAGAAGAUCCAGGACUUCGAGGACUUUGUACAGUCGGUUGAUAUUGCCGCCUUCAAUAAGAUCUAAGUUUAAAAUGGGCUUCGAAACAGUUUCGUUCGUUGAUUUGCCGUAACAGCCAGUUGCAAUUUUAAAUUCUCCGUUUUUACUAACGCCAAUAAAGACUCAUUGUA